AUGGAACAUAGCUCGCCGGUCAUGUCGACACAAGGGUCGCUGGACAAAUCACGCUCCGCCGCCGCCACCACGCCUGAGAACAGAAGCUCCAACUCCGAUAACAGGGACCCAGCGAUGGGCCGCGGGACACAUUUUCCGGCGACGCAAUUGGGUUUACCGGGGAGGACGACACCCGCCGCUAUCCUUUCAACUUUGACCGAUAAUCUCCAGCUCUCAGCUCAACCUUUACCCUUCGGACAAAUGGUAGGGUUUGAUGUCAUGAGCUGUAAAAUGGACCCUCUCCAGCUGGAUCCAACUUUGGGAAAUUCUAACCCUUUGGGCCAAGUAUGUCUUGGGCCCAACAAAACACAUGCAUCUAUCCUUUCUCAACCAUCCCCACACGUGAUCAAUUUUGGGUCACUCCCUCAGCCCACAUCCCAAUUAAAAUCCCAGCCCACCACCCUUCAGCCCAUCCCCCUUCCCUCUCAGUCCCAGCCUAACCCCGACACCUCCCAUGAUCAUCCCGCUAACCCACAGCCUCUCCCUAAAAAAGGUACUAAUCAGCAGGUCACUUCCUCCGACUGCAACCUUCUGCCAGGGCCCGACCACCUCCUCGCCGGCGCCGGCGCCGGCGAAGGCUUGACCACCGGAAUUUCAGAAAACAACGGCAACCCACCCGGAAAUGUCCGUAAAUCAACCCCUUCGGCCGGAAUUCUCGGACCUCGACCAUUGUCACCUUCCCUGACCAAUCAACAUGCCGGAAUAGCCAUCCCUGCUGCCGGAGAAUCUGAACCGGACAUUUUUUCGAGCUCUGGCGAGGCUGUGGAGGUCGAAGGUAAUAAUGGCCUUACGGUUCGAUCCGGCCUGAACCGACGUUGGCGGUGGAGAUGCCGACUGCAAAUAAUGAUGGUCAACAGAUCAUUUUGA